UAGAAACCCGGAGGAAGCUCUGCUUGGAGGCGACCCGCCGCCAUCUCAGGUCUCGGCCUCGCCAGGGUCCAGCAGAGAGAGCUGACGCCAAGUCCUAUAAUCCUUAUGGAGGACCAACCUUGUACCUCCGGGAGAUCCACGCUCCCACCUGGAAACACGCGGGAAACCAAGCCUCCAAAAAAGCGCUGCCUCCUAGCUCCGCGGUGGGAUUAUCCGGAAGGAACCCCGAACGGAGGUAGUACUUCGCUCCCCUCGGCACCUCCUCCUGCAACACCCGGCCUAACGUCGCACCCUCCUCCUCCGGAGAAGUAGUAAAAUAUACUUCUCCCACCCUAAACCAGUCUUUGAAGGAUUCCAGUAUGACUCCUUUUCCUUCGUGCAUUUGUAAAAUAGUUUAUCCAGUGAAGACAAUGAAGAUUAUUGACAAUUCUGCCCUGCUUUUUCUGUUGUCCUGCGCUGGGAAGUUGUGAUUUUUAAGGACUACUACCAGAUCAGAACACUUGAUGGAACUUAAAAGGAAUCCCAUUGACAAGAGGCUACUUGGCUGUGUGUCCUUUCAUUAUGAUUCAGCUUGUGUCUCCUUAUCACUGCUUGUGUAUGUUACCACCCAGUGAAGCACCCCUGAACUAGAUCCAGGAUAACAUUGGCAGUAGCAUGGUGGAUGGUAGUUUUGUGAUAUAGUCAGCGUAACUCCAUAUCCUGAUUUGGAUGAAUCCUGGGACAUGAUCAAGAUCGGACUGUAGACCUCUAAGAUUGAAGGCCAUGGCCAGGAUCACGGUGAACUCACAAAGCAAAUAACACCUGUGAGAUGAUCCUGCAGCAGCCAAUCCAUGUUCUCUUUUGGUGACACCUAGUCCUUACUGUAUAAUUUUGAAUUCCUAUAAAUCCAUUAAGGUCUAAUAAAUUUUGUGUCUCAUUGCUGUA